GAGAUAGGUUAAGUGGACGGGUUCAUCGGGUAAGUGAGGCCGCUGGACGGCUGCACAAAUCCAUUUGUAGUCUUGUCACCGCAACUCAGGCCUCCACUCUCAAGCAGCCGCCGUGGGUCGAUCAAAUUCUCCCGCUCCGAUCUUCUGCUCUGGUUCUGAGCUGACACUUCGUCGGAGAAAUCAUGGCUCCGAAGCCGAAAGAUAAGGCGAAGCCUUCACCGGCGUCACCGCGGCAGCCGCCGCCUGCGAUUGAAGAUCUCUUCACCAAACUCAAUUCGCACAUCGAGGGAUCUGUUGAUCGGAACAACGAGCAAUCAGAGCUAAAAAAGGCCGUUCGAGUCGCUGACCAAGUUCUCUCGAUUGCGCCUGGAGACGAAGAUGCGCUCCGUUGCAAAGUGGUGGCGUUGAUUAAGAAUGAUAGUUACGACGAUGCUCUCUCGACAAUUCGCUCUGCUAAAGCGUUCAAGUUCGAUUUCCGCUUCGAAGAGGCAUACUGCUUGUACAAACAAAACAAAUUGGAUGAGGCAUUGGAGUUGCUGAAAGGGCAGGAGAGAAAUUCGGAGACAAUGCUGUUGGAAGCUCAGAUUCUGUUUCGUCUUGGCCGCAUGGCUGAUUGCAUUGAUGUGUAUCAAAAGCUUCGAAAGUCGGAGCUUGAUUCCUUAGAGAUAAAUCUUGCUGCGAGUUUGAUUUUAGCUGGGAGGUCUUCCGAAGUGCAAGGCAUGCUGGAUGCACUGCGGAUCAAAGCAUCUAGCAGCUACGACUUGGCAUUCAAUACUGCUUGUUCUUUGAUAGAAAUGAACAAAUAUGUAGAAGCCGAACAGCUAUUGCAGCAAGCAAGAAGAAUUGGCCAGGAAUCGUUGCUGGAUGCUAAUUGGGCGGAAGAGGACAUCGAAAUUGAAUUAGCUCCUAUAGGUGUCCAACUGGCAUAUGUUCAGCAGCUUUUAGGGCGACAAGAUGAAGCCAUUGAAGCUUACACAGAGAUGAUCAGCCCAAAUCUUGCAGAAGAUCUGCCAUCACUUGCUGUGGCUGUAAAUAACCUAGUUGCUCAAAGAGGGCCGAAAGAGGUGUCUGAUAGUCUGAAGAAACUCGAUCUCCUGAAGGAACAAGGAGGUGCUGACUACCGGCUUGCUGGUGCUCUCGACAAGCUCUCUCCAAAACAAAAGGAGACCAUAUAUGCAAAUAGGGUUCUCUUACUUCUUCAUGCAAACAAGAUGGAUCAGGCACGGGAACUUGUGUCAGCAUUGCCAGCUAUGUUCGCAGACAGUGAGAUGCCGGCAAUCCUUCAAGCUUCUGUACUAGUCAGGGAGAAGAAACCUGCCAAAGCCGAAGAAAUACUUGAUCAGUUCUCCAUCAAGUUCCCUCAGAAGUCCAAGGUCGCUCUUCUUGCAAGAGCACAGAUUGCUGCCAUCUCCAAUCACCACCAGAUAGCUGCCGACUCCCUCUCUAGAAUACCCGACAUCCAACACAUGCCCGCCACGGUGGCCACCCUUGUGGCACUCAAGGAGCGGGCUGGCGACAUCGAUGGCGCUUCUUCUGUGCUCGACUCGGCAGUCAAAUUUUGGUCAAAUGCCAUGACCGAGGACACCACCAAGUUGACUAUCAUAAUGCGAGAGGCAGCUUCGUUCAAGGUCAGACACGGGCAGGAAGCAGAAGCUGCCCGGCUGUACGAGGAGUUAAUAAAAACACAUGGCAGCAGCAUUGAGGCUUUGACCGGGCUGGUUAGUACAAUUGCCCGUGUGGAUGUUGAGAAGGCGGAGAGUUACAGGAAGAAGUUGAAGCCACUGUCAGUUCUCAAGGGGAUCGAUGUUGAAAGCCUGGAGAAGACAUCUGGGGCCAAGCAUGUUGAAGGGGCACCGCGUGAGGUCGCAGUGGAAGAAGGGAAGAAGGAGAAGCAGAAGAAGAAAAGGAAGAGAAAGCCAAGGUAUCCGAAAGGGUUUGACCCAGCGAAUCCGGGACCUCUGCCUGAUCCAGAAAGGUGGCUUCCGAAGAGGGAGAGAUCGAGUUACAGACCGAAGAGGAAGGAUAAGAGAGCUGCCCAAGUUAGAGGCUCUCAGGGUGCUGUAGCUAGAGAAAAGAAUGAACCUUCUGCUUCUUCGAAUGCUGCUUCUGCUCCUGCCGCUGGCACGAGCUCCAAUGCUACGAAAGCCCCAGCGGGGAAAGGUGCGUCCCAUUCAAAUCACUCAUCCAAGUCGUCGAAGAAGAAAUCGAGGAGGUGAUAGGGUGGAUACAAUCCUGAUUUGGAUUUAACCUGGGAGGAGACAAUCAUAAUUUCUGCUGUGAUGUUCUUGUAGUUCAAUCAGAAAUUCUUUUUAUUUGUGGUGCUAGAGAAUUUUUACCUUUACAAUUGAUAGUUACAAACGGUUUUGUGAGGAUUUCUAGCGGCGAAAAGGAAGGAUGCUUUGCUCUCUCUGCUUGGUAAUUUUUUUUUUAAUAAGAACUCUGCUUGGUAAUUUUGAAGCUUACACAUGACAGCUUUUGUUUCUGUUGCCUGUAUGAAGAAGUUUGGGGCUCAGUUAUAAAUUUUCCUAGGAGCAUGUGAUAGCGGGAAGAAAACCCCAAUGGAGCCCAAGUUUGGGUUUUAGCUGUUUAUAGAGUUGAUGAGAUAACGAGGUCAGGCCCAAGUGAACAAUAAUGUUAACACGAGUCAUGUCUUGUGUAGGGACGAGAUACGGGGGUUGUCAGAUUCACAACCCAUUUCAUAGCCCUUGGAUACGCUCUCUCUCUUGUCUCUUUCUUCUUUUUUUAAAUUAACGGUUAAAAUUAAAUGAAGGAUAUUUUGGGAAGGGUAAAAAUUUACCACACCCAAUCAUUAACCCUACCAUAUAAAAAGAACAAAAACCCUAACUCCUUCAUCCUCCCUCUCUCUCUCCUCCCUCUCUCCCGUAAACAUCACCGUCCGCCGACACCCUCCCCUUCUUCCCUCCCUCCACCUUCACCGCCGGCCAAGCUCCCUUUCUCCUCCUCCCCCGGCACCCCACCCACCACCAAUCCCUCAAUCCCCUUCCUCAAAGCCCUCCCCUUCCUCCUCCCACCGGCACCCCUUCCUCAAAGCCCCUUCCUCCUCCCACCACCAACCACCACAUCUCCUCAUUGAUCCUCCCUCAAUCCCCUUCCUCAAAGCCCUCCCCUUCCUCCUCCCACCGCCACCCCUGCCUCCCUCCUGCCUCCAUCUUUCCUCAUCCCUAUUUUUUUCCAGAUCUGAUUUUUUGUUUUAGUCUCUACUACUAGCGCUAUUGGUACGCUACCACUACUCACUGGUACCAAUACCAGUGGCUCCCCUAUCAUCUGGUACCACUACCAUCUGUUUUUUUUUUGUGUUAUUCACUAUUGGUACCGCUAGUACCACUACCAGUGCUAGUAGCGUUGUGUUAUUCUCUACUGGUACCGCUACCAAUAUGGUAGUGGUAGCGUACCAAUAUGGUAGUGGUAGCGUACCACUAGUACUGGUACAUUUUUUACUGGUACCGCUAGUACUGAUACAUUUUUUAACGUACUGGUAGCGUACCACUAACACUGGUAUAUUAAUUACCAGUAGACUAAAUAGAUUGGUACACUUUUUAACGCACUGGUACAUUUUUUCAGGUUGCCGGAGGGAGUCUGUCGGAGAGAAUUCGCCGGAGAAAAAGUUUGUCGGUCGAUGCGGAGUGGCCGCUGGAGAAAAGGAAGAGAGAGAGAGAUAGAUAGAGAUAUUAAUGUAUAGGAUUUAAAUUUCAAAAAAAUUGUAUUUAAUAUGGGUUUUUAAUUCCCAAUAUAAUUAAUACAAAAGAGGUAAUUAAUAUAUUCCUUUUUGCAUACCCAAAAUACCCUAGGUUGUUCACCGUAUCCCGUCCCGCUUGUGUACAGGCCAAGAUCGUCACAUGAAUAAGUGUUCUCAACUUUGAACUUCAUUAAAAUUUAAUUUAAUGUUUCACAUGAAUAAGUAAUCUCAACAUUGAACUUCAUUCAAAUUUAAUGUUUCAGAUUUAUCAAGUUUAAUGAAGGAUAAAAUGAUAA